UCGUCAUCAAGCUUUUUUCUCAUUUAGAUUAAUAACCUUUUUUAAUAAAGGUUUGAUGUAUCUCAUACUAAGCGAAAACGAUAGUAUUUCCGUUAGCAGCGGUAUUUGAGUUUUUCAUAAAGGUACAGCAAUUACAGCCUUGCAUAUGUAAUAUAAUACGCUUGUUAUCUGAGGAAAAUAUCUUCGGAAGAGAAGAUAUGAAGACCGCAUUUAUGUUCAAUUUUCAGGUGAAUCACGAUUGGAGCAAAUUUUCUAUAUAAAAUGGAUGUGGACAUUGAAGCUAUAAAAAACUACUUACUAUUUUUGAUUACUAUAUUAAUCAUAAUGCUGAUUUACAAGAUGUUCAAAAGAUAUCCACUAUCAAAGCCCGAACCUAAAAUAGUGGAUGCAUCUCGGCUGCCUACAGGCGCACUCACAUUUGACGCUAUUGUUAACGAAUUCCUCACCUUAAAGGAAAUCACUUGUGCAAUUAGAAAAGCUGGCAUGGAAAAAUGUCAACUCAUUCUUGGAAUCGACUUCACUGCAAGUAAUGAAUGGCAGGGACGAAAAACAUUUUCUCAGAAGUCACUUCAUGCAAUUUCCGAGAAAAUAGAUGAACGGCAUGGUCGCCGUGGUGCACUGCAUCAUUUGGGAUUGUUUCGCGAUAAUCCCUAUCAAAAAGUGAUAUCCGUGUUAGGACAGACGUUAGAGCCUCUGGACGACGAUAAUCUUAUUCCGGCGUAUGGCUUUGGGGACUCGAUCACAAAAGAUAAAGAUGUCUUCUCUUUGUCAGGUGAAAUGAACAAACCGUGCAAAGGAUUCAGAGAAGUUUUGAGAUAUUACAAAGAAGUCGUGAGACGCAUUACAAUGAGUGGUCCGACAAACUUCGUACCAAUUAUUAAAAAAGCGAUCGAGCUGGUCAAGAAGACGCGGGAAUAUCAUAUUCUCGUAAUCAUUGCUGAUGGACAAGUCUCUGAAGAACAUGACAAAGCAACACGUCGUGUUAUCAUCGAAGCCAGUAAUUAUCCGCUCUCAAUAAUCUUAGUUGGUGUUGGAGAUGGUCCUUGGUGUGUUAUGAAUAAAUAUGACGAUAAGCUACCAGGAAGACAUUUUGAUAACUUUCAAUUCGUUGAUUAUCAUUCUGUAACAAAGAAAAUGUGGAGAUCUGACCUGAUAUUUGCCGCUCAUGCUCUGAUGGAGAUACCUGAUCAGUAUAAGGCAAUUCGUGCACUGGGGUUGAUGGAAAACAUGCACGAUGAUUCUGGAAUAGAAUGAACAGUGUUACAUACAGCUAUAUAAUUAUGCAUAUUACGCACAGUGCGCUAAUACUGUUACAAAUGCUAGGGAUACGCCCACUCUCACAUUCGAUUCUAUUUGUUUGGCUAAAAUUUCAAUUUUUAAGACCGCUCUCACUGCUUCACCGGCUGUGGGCAACGAAGUACGAACUGCAUAACUUGGACGAUUUGUAUAAGAACCUCAAUGACAAUGCCAUAAAUAAGCGUGAUCAUGCAUGCAUUGCAUGGGCAAUAAAAGCAAAAUUACAUGCAUGCGUUCAUCCAAUUUCAAACAGUGUCCAAUUUCAAAGUGUUUGAGAAAUACAACGGCAUCCGCAACCGCGACGUGCUUAUCCACAAUGGCAUUGCUCAUUUAAGACAAAUGAAAUUUUGAAUUACGUAGCGUUUAAAGUUGCACAUUGACGUAGUUGCAGAAAUGGCAUCGUGAUUUCCACCAAUUUCACGGUGCAUGACCACGCGGCAACAAUUAAUGUGUUGGAUGUUGUUUGGAGUGUUUAAAGCUAUCAUACUGAUCGACGAUGCUCAUAAUAAAAUAAUAAUAAAUGUUUAAGAGAAAGAAGAAACUUGAAGAGGCAAAUAAAGUCAAUGCUAACUCAUAUUUUGUUUGCAUACCACAAUAUUGGGUAAAUUUCAAAACCAAUUUAAUGAAUAAAGAAAAUAACGAAUAUAAAUUAUCAAUAUGUCCCAAGGUUGGUCAUUAUUAGUGAGCUUAAGCAAGUGACGUUUUUGGCAACACAAACGACAUGGGUUACGUCAAAAGACUGGGUCAAGGAUUGUGAUUGGU